AAAACUGCAUACUCCACAGGCCGCAUGUGCAAUAAGUAAAUAUAAGUUUCUGGAAAACUUUCUUCACUUGCUACACUGCAGCAAAGAGUUACGUGAAAAGCUACAGCUGCAAUUGCCGGCUCUCGACAGAUUGACUUAUGCAAAGUGCAAAUCCAUGGCUGAAAAUUAUCAGUUGACCUGGCAAAAAUUAAAAUCUGACUACUUCCAGCAAUGGACAUCUAAGCCAAUGAAUCUGCUGGAGUUUACCAAAAGGUAGCGUGAUCGAGGAUUUUAGUUUCCGUAUGAAUAUGAAAGAAAUUAUGAAUAAGUGUGAUUUAAUUUCCACCAUGGUUAGUUUUGUAUAAUUGUCGAUAUUUGUUUAUUAAUAACAUUCACUUGAGGUUUUUGCACUGGUUUACAUAUAUAGCAUAUGUGUCAUACAAUUUGUGAAAUCCAAUCCAAUAUGUAUGCUAAUAUAUAGCUAGCUCUCUGUGUACAACUAAUAGCAUUUGAUUUGUAAAGCUUGAAUCGAUCACUACUUAAAUUGAACAGGAGAAAAAAUGUUUCGUUAUAUAGUUGGUGCUUUUCUGUUGAUUCAAGUUCUAAUGCAAUUGGCACUGGUCGAAAGCACUGAUUAUAGCACUAGGGUAGAGUACAAACAAGUUAAUACUGUGCCGAAAAGCUUGCAUGAUAAAGUGCUUCCUUUUAAGCUGAUCGGCCGAAAGUUUUAUUACAUCGAAAGUAAAAAACACAAUUACAAUUGGUUCCAAGCUGCUCAGGAAUGUCGUAAUCGGAGUGGCAAUCUAAUAAAUUUGACUACGGAUAGUGAACGGAAAUUAAUAGGUUUGAGUCUCGAUAAAAGUAAAAAGUAUUGGUUGGACCUGAGCAAUCUUGGGCAGAAUGAAUAUUUUUCGAUUGCAACGGGAUCAAAAUAUGCAUAUGCGAAAUGGUUUAAUGAAGAUGUUCAAAGCUCCGUUAACAAUGUGGAGAAAAACCGUAAUUGUGUGUUAUUAGUAAAUGAUUAUCAGGAUGGUUUCGUUAUGAAGAAGACCGAUUGCUUCGAAAGAGCUAGCUUUAUAUGUCAACUCUCCUCGCCUCAAACAAUUUCUUUUUUGAUCUGGUAACUUGCAUUCUUUUCAUGCAGGUAUAGAAUAUGCUUUAAAAAUUAACAAAUAAAGAAUAUCAAAUUAUACUAUGUGUAUAGUAUUUUGCUCGGCAGUGAAUCACUUACGCCGAUAGGCUCAGCUUAAAAUAAAACUUCUCUGUAAACACACUUUACAAAAACAUAUUACAAUAAAGAAAAUUUCCAAAUA